AUGAGUGACCAGGGUUAUGUCAGAUCACUAAAGAACAUGGGUGUGUGUUACAUUGAUGUACAAUCAGGAGGGGAAUCCAGGGUGAUAAUGGUUAAUGAUGGUUUUGGUCACCUAACCAAGCAACUGCUGAAGCUAGCAGAUGGCCGUGUUGUGCUGGCACUGGAGGGAGGACAUGACCUUACUGCCAUCUGUGAUGCAUCUGAAGCCUGUAUAAACGCCCUGUUAGGAAAUGAGCUGGAUCCUCUCCCAGAAGAUAUUGUGCACCAAAUCCCCAAUAUGAAUGCAAUAGCUUCUUUAAAAAAGACCACUGAAAUUCAAAGCAAGUACUGGAAGUCGGUGGAGCCAUACUCUGUGCCAGUGGAUUGUGCUCUGGCUGAGUCUCAGAAACGAGAGAGGGAGGAGACAGAAACGGUGUCUGCUAUGGCCUCUCUUUCAGUGGAUGUUGAGCAGUGUAUCCCUCAGGAAGGCAGCAGAGCUGCUGGCGAGCCCAUGGAAGAAGAGCCAGCCCUGUGAAGUGCCAAGUCAUUCCUGAUAUUUCCUGUGGGUGACAUCAUUGUGUAUCCCCCCAAAGCACCCUCAGACAUGUCUUGUCUGCUGCUUGGGUGGCACAGAUCAGAUGGAACAUAAACACUGGGCACAAAACUCUGAAUAGCAGCUUCACUUGUUCUUUGGAUGGACUUGAAAGGGCCCUAAAGAUUCCUUAAAUGUAACCGCUACAAUUCUAGAGUUACAGUAAAACGGGCUUGGGAGAAGGAGCCUAGAGCAUGCUUUUUAUAUGCUGUGUGACCCACUCAGCAACAUAAAUUGUGAAAUAGAGUAUUAUGAAAUUCUACAUGAUAAAUUAUAGAUACAAGAGUUGCAACAGCCAGGAAAGUACUUGAUAAACUCCAUGAAUCACUUUCUGACACUUUUUACUGGGUAAUUUUUUUCAUACUGUGUUAAAUUAUUAAUAGAAUUUGUUUCCUUUGCUCUGUGUAAUGAAAAAAAGAAAAAAAAAACCCUUUAUGUGACAUUUUUUAACCCCCUGUAAUGAGUUCUUAGCUGAAUAAGUGAAAGGUGUGUAAAUUACAAUGAGGGAUUUUAGCUAAAGGGAAAACACUUAGUAUUGUACUAUAAAUCCCCUGAAGUACUGUGCUUGGUGGGGCUUUAUUUUCUUUUCCCUUUUCCCAGCCAUCACUCCCCAUUUCAUGUGAUCUUUUCUAUUGUAAAAACACAUUCACGAUUCUCUAAAACAAGCGAUCUUCUGCCUUUAAAAAAAAAGUGCUGUACCCUCCGUAGUUGACAGUAGCUCUCACCAGAUGUGCAGCAGAGAUCAAGUAGUCUUUGAAAAAUGGAUGGCUUUUGAAAUGUGUUUUUAGUUUGUUCCGAAAUGUUUCUGCGUUCUGACUCUAAGAGCAGUGAUCUUCAGUGACUGCGUGCAGCUCAUUUCUGAAGCUCAGGUGUUUCUCUGGAGGUUGUGUUGGGGGUGUUAUUUUACAGGUCAUCAUGUGCAUACAAACUGAUUCUUUUAUGUAGUCCUGCACCAAGAGAACUGAUGUUGCUUAAGAAGCUUCAAAGGGUUUAAGCUUUAUUUUAGAUCCCCAAAGUGCAGCAAGAUCUCCCUGCAACGUGACUUUAGCGGUUUAAUUUCAUGUUUGAGAACGUAACAUAGAGUUGUGCCUUUCGCUGAUAAUGAACGCUUAAACUGUUACACGUGUUGCCUUACUGUCACAGAAAGAGAUAGAGCAUGUAUGUAAGACUACUUCAAAUGAACAAAACUCUGCUACAGCAACUUUUAUUUUGUUUACAACUUUCUUGCCUCAUGAACCCUGGGAGAUACCUUGAAGUAUUCGGCUUGCAGCAUUUGAUAGCUUGCUCAGCUUUUAAAGCAAGUGAUGUUCAUUUUAUAUAUUUUCCAAACUCAAAA